AUGGCAAGCAAAAAGCGAGAAAUCCAGUUACAGGCGGCCAUCAAUAAUCAAAGCCUGUGGGAGGAGAUGCUGCAGAACAAAGGCCUAACAGUGAUCGAUGUUUACCAAGCCUGGUGUGGACCUUGCAAAGCAAUGCAAACCUUAUUCAGAAAAUUGAAAAAUGAGCUGAACGAAGAUGAAAUUCUGCAUUUUGCUGUAGCGGAAGCUGACAGCAUUGUGACUUUGCAGCCAUUUACAGAUAAAUGUGAACCUGUUUUUCUCUUUUGUGUUAAUGGCAAAAUUGUUGCAAAAAUCAAGGGUGCAAAUGCACCACUUGUGAGUCAAAAAAUUAUUACCUUGAUCAAUGAGGAGAGGAAAAUUGCAGCAGGUGAAAUGGUUCGCCCUCAGUAUCAUGAAAUUGUGUUUGCAGACUCAGAUUCAGAAGAUGCUGGGGAAGCAAGCUAUGAAAGUGUUGACCAACUAUACAGCAUUGCCAUUAUCAAACCCAAUGCUGUGAUUGCUAGAAAAGUUCAAGAAAUUAAAGAAAAAAUUAUCGAUGGAGAAUUUGUCAUAGAAGCAGAAGAUAAGAAACUGCUCACUGAAGAACAAGUUAGGUACUUCUAUAGCCGAAGAGCAGACCAGCCUGACUUUGAAGAUUUUGUUUCUUUUAUGACAAGUGGCCUAAGCUAUAUUCUAGUUGUAUCGCAAGGAAAGGAAAAACAGCCUUCCUGGGAUGAAAGUGAAUCUAAUUCUGAGACGGAAUCUAAAGAACCAUGGGAUGACCACCAGGAGACAGCCAAGUCCUCGGGGAUGAAGCAGAAGAGGGAAAGUUUCCAAGAAUACCUGGAAAGACAACAAAUAUCUCAGUUUUGUGAUGUUGAAGAGAAUAUAAGUAAUACUAAGUUUAUUGAUGUCUUCAUCCCUCAUUUUAAAAAAAUUAAAGGCAUAAAAUUAGAAGAGAUACUGGCAUUACUUCGACCAGCCCUCUUUAAUGAAAGGAAAGAGGAUGUUUUGAAUAUUAUUCAAGAUGAAGGCUUUAAAAUACUGAUGCAGAGACAAAUAGUGUUAUCAGAAGAAGAAGCAAAAACACUGUGCAUGGAAUAUGAAAAUAAAGAUUAUUUUGGAAAUCUUAUAGAAAAUAUGACCAGCGGUCCAUCUCUAGCCCUUGUUUUAGUAAGAGAAAAUGGUUUAGGACACUGGAAACAGUUAAUUGGACCAAGCACUGUGGAAGAAGCCAAAGAAUACCUUCCAGACAGUUUAUGCGCACAAUUUGCAAUGGAGAGUUUGCCUAUCAACCAGUUGUAUGGAAGUGAUUCAUUAGAAGCUGCUGAAAGGGACAUACAAUAUUUCUUUCCUCCUCAACACACUGCAGCACUGAUUAAACCUCAUGUAACACAAGAGCAAAGAGAGGAUAUCCUGACGCUUAUCAAAGAGGCUGGAUUUGAUAUAACACAGAUGAAGGAGAGGCUCCUAACUGAAGAGGAAGCGGACAAAGUUUAUUUUAAAAUAAAAGGAAAAGACUUUUAUAAAGAUGUAUUGGAAGUUUUAUCGGAGGGUCCAUCUUUGGUCAUGAUCCUGACCAAGUGGAAUGCUAUUUCCGACUGGAGACGACUGAUGGGUCCCGUAGACCCAGAGGAAGCAAGACUUCUGUCCCCAGACUCUAUCCGAGCCCAGUUUGGAAGAAGUAUUUUGAAAAAUGCUGUCCAUGGAGCUUCUAAUAUGCAGGAGGCAGUGGAGACGAUUAAUAGAGUGUUUGAAGACUUUGUUGCUGAGAACCCUGAGAAAAACUAA